GUCAUCUCUCUGCUGGCCACACGCAAACAUAUUUUUCGACAUUGAGUUGAUUCAUUCGGCUCUCGAAACUUUAGCUAUGCGGACAGGGCGUAUACUUGUUGCCUUGAUUUUUCUGGCUUUAAUAGUUCCUUUUCAAUCAGCCAAGUGCAAGGCAGCUCCCAAAUCUGUGCAGAAUGUUAACGUCUGUUGUCCAGCCCCAAUGCCAAAUUGGGGAGUUUAUAAUAGCGAGUGCCAUAAAUCUGGAACACAGCCAAGCUGCCGCCUGGCUUGUAUCUUUAAUGCCAGCUCAGUUCUGCAGGGCAAUCGAUUGAUUCAAGGCAAAGUACGACCCAUGUUGGAAAGGGCAUUUGCCAGUGAACCCACCAUCGAUGUAUAUGAGUCAAACUUUGCCAGAUGCUCAUCGGUGGUAAGGAGCAAAUACCAGGAACUUUCUCCUUUGAGUCGACAAAGUGACGCCUGCGACAGACACGCCCUCUUCUAUAGCCUAUGUGCAUAUGCCCGCUUGAUAUUUACCUGUCCGGAUAAAAUGUGGCAGAGGAAUAAUAGGAUGUGCCAAGAAGCCAAGGCCUAUGCGAAAAACUGCCCAUGGCCAGCACUAAAAAUGUUCAUGAAAAACACUUAAGAAUAAAAUCUUAACAGCUAGAA